AUGUCCGUGACCAUCAAGCCCGUGAUUAUUGUCGGAUUCGGGCCGGUAGGCGCCGUCCUCAGCCUUCUUCUCGCACGCAAAGGGAUCCCGAGCAUUGUCAUCGAAGCUUUAGUUACUUUCUCCGACGAACCACGGGCGGUGGGGUUCUUUGGCCCUUCGCAAGGUGUUCUCCAUGAAGCGGGAUUGUAUGAAGAGGCCAAAGAGCAGGGGUUGGCUGCGUCGGGCUUGUGCUUCCGGAAGCUGGCUCGUGAUGAUGGUGCUGGCGGGCAGGUAUGGGGGGACAUCGUUGCCUCUUCACACAUCGGAGCACAAACAAGUGGAGAACCAGAUAUCGGGUCCUAUAUGCUCCUGCUUCCACAGGCUCGGUUGGUCAGAAUUGCCGCCAAAAAGGUUGAGAAAUUUGGUGCGGCCAGCCUUGUCGACCUUCACCUUGGCCACCGUUUCAUCUCCUCCGAGGAAGGACCUGAUGGCGUGACCGUGACCGCAGAAGACCAACAGGGCAACAAAAAGGUCUUCAGCGGCAGCUACCUUGUCGGUGCCGACGGAAGCCAGUCCGAAGUUAGAAGAGGGCUUGGUCUCAAACUAUGCGGCUAUACUUGGCCGGAUAGGUUGGUAUCCACCGACAUCUCCCGGACCAUCGCCGAGCUCCCCGAGAUUCCCUGCUGCAAUAUCGUCGACCAGAGGUAUUGGGCGGCCAUAACACCACUGGAGCCUAUCAAACCUGGUGUGCCCGGUCUUUGGCGCUACUCGAUGGCCGUCACUGACACGACGAUUCCCGACGAACAGCUGGAAGACAUGGAUUUCAUUCGAAGCUUGGUUAGAAGGCACCUCGACGGCCCCAGGGACCAGCAUUUUGAAGUAGUUCGGUUCAGGCCCUACAAGAUGCAUCAACUCUUGUGCCCAGUUUGGCGAAGGGGAAGAACCUUGCUAGCCGGUGACUCUGCACAUAUCAAUAACCCCAUGGGAGGCCUCGGCCUCAACACUGGUAUCCUUGAUGCCGAUGCGUUGGCCCAAACCCUCGACCUCGUUUUGAAUCAGGGUCAACCAGAAUCACUCUUCGAUCGCUAUUCGCAUGAGCGACGACGCGUGUACCAGCUUUUCGUGAAUCCGAUGUCGGCGGCUAAUAAGCAGCGCCUUCACGAUUCCAACCCCGAUACCGCGGCACAGGAAGACUGGUUCUUUGCGGGCCUGAAGAGCGAUGACCCUGAGGAGAGAUUGGCACCAAACAAGGGUCUCAUGGAGAAUUGGAAGACCGAUAUGAGCCGCUUUCGAACCAAAGUGUGA